GUCAUGUUUCUGAAGGAGGAAGCUGGUCGCAAGAUCAGGGUUAGUGAUGAAACCAAAACAAUGUUGGUGGUAGGUGGCGCGUUGCCCAUUGAAAAGUUUGAUCCCACCUUUUUCUACAACAUGGCAUUGAGAGAAACAUCUGAUAUCAUCAACCGAGUCUCCGUCACCCUGGAUGUGGAAACAGCGCAUGCGCAGCUCGAGGUGUCUGAGGAUCGGAAGAGGGUGAGACUGACCUGGACCGUGAGGCGUGUCCCUGACACCGGGAAGAGGUUUACAAAGUAUGGGUGUGUGCUGGGAUCGGAGGGAUUCACAUCGGGGAGACAUUACUGGGAGGUGGAGGUGGCGGGGAGUCGGUACUGGAGUCUGGGAGUCGCCGCAGAGUCUGUGGAGAGGAAGAGAGGGGUCACACGGACCCCGGAGACUGGAGUCUGGAGCAUCGCGCGGUUGGGUGACUGGUUUGUUGCACUCACCUCCCCUCUAUCCCCUCUCCCCGCCCGUCCCAUCCCCGGAAGGGUGGGAGUUUAUCUCAGUUACGAGUCAGGGACAGUUUCAUUUUACGACGCGGACACCAAGUCCCAUCUCCACACCUUCACUGGGAAUAAAUUCACGGAGAAACUUUACCCUUUCUUCAGGACUUGUGAUGAAAACCAGUGGCUGAGAAUCUGCUCCGGUUCCGCUCCGGGUGUGUAAAAAAAAUGUAAAUGUGGGAAGAGUGAAAUAAACAGCAACUGAAAU